GCAUGCGCCGCGCGGGCGGUAGCUCGAGCCGGUUGCAUGGCGACGGUGAAACACAAACGUUGCCCUGGGAACUGGCGGGGGCGAGCGGCGGUUACGCGCUGGCCCUCAGAGCGAGCCGCAGCGCGGAGUUCUUUCAGGAUCUUGUUAUUGGACCUUACAAGAAUCAUGCCUCUUCCAGACACCAUGUUUUGUGCUCAGCAGAUUAACAUACCUCCUGAACUCCCAGAUAUUUUGAAACAGUUUACCAAAGCUGCCAUCAGGACUCAACCUCAUGAUGUACUGCAGUGGUCAGCUGGGUAUUUCUCAGCUCUGUCGAAAGGAGAGCCCCUUCCUGUAAAGGACAGGAUUGAAAUGCCAGUAGCAACACAGAAAACAGAUACUGGGCUCACACCAGGCCUCCUUAAAGUUUUGCACAAGCAGCUUUCUCCGAAGGGCCGUGUGAGCAUGAUAGAACUAGAAAAAAAAUGGAAACAUCUAUGUUUGCCAGUGGAGCAGCUGAGAGCCCUUCUACAAUUGGACAACUUCGGUGAAGAGGUGGAAUGGCUGAAAGUUCUAGCACUUGGGUGUAGUAUACUUGGUGGGUCCUUAAUGACUUCUGUGAAGUAUGCCUGUGAAAUUCUAACAACUGAUCCAGAGGGGGGACCUGCUCGCAUUCCAUUUGAUACAUUCUCAUUUAUUUACACAUACCUGGCCAGUAUAGAUGGUGAGAUGCCAGACUACAAAGUUGAAGCUUUCCUCAAUGCUCUUAAGGGACAAGUAGAGAUAUUGGUAUCUACCUCCAUAAAUUGAUCAAGAUUCUUCUGUCUGAAGGCCAUAUCAAAGAACUUUAAGGAACUAUGCCAUUCAUUUAUAUUGUAUGUUCUUAUACGCAACUCAUGCCCAGUGGGUCUACCUCAGUGAAGAAAUCAGAUGUCCCAUUUUUUUCAUAUGAUGUCCUAGUGUCCCAAAAACUUCUUUUGGGACGCCUGAAAUAUCCUGUUCUUCAUGCAGUUGUCUACACAUAUUCCACUUGUGGUUCACACGUGCCUCAUGCACAGGAGAUCAGAUUCUUUUGAAUAGCAGUGACUAUUGGGGACAUGCCUGCACAAGUGUACACACACUCCCAUCCCAUCCCGGUCAUAAAGGGUAGAGCAGGCCCACCCAUCCUUCAGUUUCUUUUUACAGCUGUGGCAGUGAGACGGAACCCUGGAAGUGACCACUUCUCUGCACACUGUGUGAUUCCGUUGCUCUUUUAGUAGUUGUUUCCUUAUUGUUGUUAGGUUACUACAGUUACUGUAGUGUUGUUUAACUCAGGGGCAUUGAGGAUGGAUGGGUUCCUGGUGGUCAGUCUGUCCUUCGCUUCCUUCCUCUAGAUGGUCAUCAAAACUGCAUGGACUUCAUACAAAAAUCAUAUAUGGUUUACAUCACAAUUUCACAUGGAUGUAGCUUCAUACAGAGCUGAAGCUAUCUGCAAUGAAAAUAUGAAAUCAUAUUUCAUAUAGUUUGAAAUAGUAAUUUCAUGUGAAUUUCACAACCCUUAAAGACGUUGCCACAAAAGGGUCCUAGUGUUUGAUUUAGAAAAUAUGGUCACGUUAUACCCAAUUUCUUUAAACUAUGCCACACUCAAGCACUCAUUGUCAAUUUGUUUAUCUUAAUGCCAAUUCAGCAUUUGUUGUUAUUUAGUAUGAUAGAAGUCCCAGUUUUCUUUGAAUAAUUUUAACUUUACUGCAGUGAAAAUGCUCAUUGUUACUAAUUACUUGAUUAAAUAAAGUGUAUUGUGACUAAUAGGAAUUGAACACAGCCACCCCAUCUGCCUUAAACUGCAAUACACUUUACUGAAUCCAACUUUGUGCCAAGCAGUCUGUCAUAUGAGAGACUGCAAUGGAGUAUCCUACUAGUUUAUCAGGGAGCUGAGGAACCUAUAAACAUAAUCUUUCAUAUUUAUGAAGCAUGUUUAUCAGCUGGACAGGAGCUGGUAGCAUGCCAGCUCAUAGACUCUGGGAACACACAGUAACAAAAGUAGAAACAUACAGAUGUUCAGGAUUCUGAGACAGAGGGAUGCCAAGGCCUUUGUAUGAUGGUUUAACCAUCUAGAACCUUGUGCAGAAAGCUGAAGACAAAUGUGCAUGGCUCUACAUCACAUUUUAUUUAUACAAUUGGCCACCAGUCCUUUCAGAUAUCCAUUUUAGCCCUUAAUGCCUGAACUAUCACUUCUGCAACAAAUUGUGUAAUAAAUAACAUGUACAAUGGUAACACGUGGGUCUUAGGGCUUUAUUGAUCUCAUAACUGCUUUGACACCAGCAAUGGGUAAAAAUGCUUUCUUUUCAUCUAAAGCUUCCUACAAGAUGGUGCUUAUUUCACUCACAUGUAGACCUAUCCAUAAUGGAAUGGUGGAGAGGGGUGGUUAUGCCUUCCUCUGAACCAUUCAGCAUUGGUCACUGCUAGAGAUACUAGACUCAGUUGACAGUUCCUACUGUGUAUUCCAAAACAUCACAGCUCAUAUUGUUGGGGGUUGAGAAAAUAAAGACACCUUUUACUUUGAAACUAAGAAACCACAUGUACACUCACCCAAAGCCCUCUUGCCUUCUGGGGAAACAUCACUAUUGGAGGAGGGUGGCUUUUCUGUGCAGUGGAGGCACAGCACAGCACAGUUCCCUUCAUCUGACUGAGAGAAGAGGAUAAUAAUGCUUAGCUCUUCCAUGGUGCUUUUCUUCUGCAGCCAGUGUUUCAUUGUGACGUGUAAAGGUUAAGAAACAGUAUUUUAAAAUGUUCUGAGUAUGAUUGUUCUU